CCAUCGUCUGUGGGUAUUGUUCUAAAUAUACUCUUGGCAAUAUUUCAGUUUGAAUUAAGGCUUCGUUUUCGAAUUUACUAUUAACACGAGAGGGAGCACGAUCAUCAUGGGAAUUUCGGUGAAGCUUUUCUGUAUCUUCUGUCUGAUGUGCCUUUGCUCUUCUUUGGUUAAGGAAACACAAGCAAAUGUCUUCAUAUCAAAGGCCGCCCUUUACCUGAGCGAUGCAUGUACACUGUUCGCCGAGGAAGUCGCGGACGAGGGAGGAAAGUGCGAUCCCGACGUCUACGAGGAGGUCAUCGACGAAGUCGACGAGAUCGAGGUACCUGGAGCAAACCAUGACAUGAUCGAGAAAUACCUGAUCGAGGCCAACAAACCGGGCAAGAUGUGCUUUUCUCCUGAUGGAACUACAGUGAUUCGUCUACGUGAUGGAUGUGCUACGAUGGAUGCCGUGUGUAACGGGAAAGAGAACGUCAUGGACUGCGAUCAAAUGGCCACAGUGACCAAUGAGACACCUAACACGACAGCCAAGACAACUACUCGGUCCAGGAGAAUUGACUAAAGAUUUCUAGAGAAGUCUGAACCCGCCUUGGAAUAGAAUCCCACGACUCUCGCUCAAAACGCUGCACACUCUGAUUCGCGUCCCUUUGUUGUAAUUAGGCCUAAAUUAAUUUGAUUAAUUUGAUUUGAUUUCCUUUAUUUUCAUUUCAAAAAGCCUAUACGAUUUCAUUGAAUAUUAUUUGAUUAGACUUUAAGCGAAUUGAUUUCAAUUGAAUUAUGUUUUGUCGGAUUUUCUUGUUUUUUAAUGUCAUAAUGGAUUAUGAUUUGUUUGAGAUAAUAUGAUUUGUUUUAUUUUUGC